UUUACGUAAUUUCCGUAGCUUUCACGUGUGGGAAAGCAUUUGGAGUGCGUGAACUGUAGCGUCCUCUAGCUGCCAGAUUUUUGCCUCAAUACCAAAAUAAAUUUUAAGUACGCUUCUAAGUUGCUACGGCACAAGCUUUGAAUUGUGCUUUGAGGCUCGAAAAUGAUUUCAAACACACUGAAAUGCAUAAACAAAAUUGGCUUUAUUGGACUUGGGAACAUGGGUGGACCAAUGGCACGAAAUCUUCUGAAAAAGGGGAAAAAAUUGUCAGUCUUUGAUGUACAACCAGAAGUUGUAAAUACCAUUGCACAAGAAGGUGCCACAGCCUGCAGCUGCCCUGAGGAAGUAGCAGCACAGUCGGACUGCAUCGUCACUAUGCUGCCCCACAGUGCUAGUGUGCGAGAUACGUACACUGGAGAGAGAGGAAUCUUUAAAUCUGUCAGCAGAGACACAUUUCUGAUAGACUGCAGCACCAUUGACAGAGAUUUAUCUGUAGAACUGUCUGAGGAAGCUACAAAAAGAGGCUGUUUGCAGUUUGAUGCCCCAGUAUCUGGAGGUGUGGUUGCAGCAAAAGAAGGAAAGUUAACUUUCAUGGUUGGUGGCCCAGACAAAUAUUUUGAAACUGUUAAAGAUCUUCUGUUGCACAUGGGUUCACGUGCUGUCCAUUGUGGUCCUGUGGGUUCAGGACAAACAGUUAAAAUGUGUAAUAAUAUGUUGCUGGCAAUAAGUAUGAUUGGUACUGCAGAAGCAAUGAAUCUUGGCAUAAGGCUGGGCCUGAAACCAAAUGUCCUUAUGGAAAUCUUCAACACAAGCACUGGACGUUGCUGGUCAUCAGAACAAUAUAAUCCUGUACCAGGAACAAUCAGCAAUGUACCAAGUGCCAAUAACUAUGAGGGUGGCUUUGGCACACAUCUUAUGGCAAAGGAUCUUGGUAUUGCACAAGAAGCAUCAACAAAAAAUCAAGUGCCUACUCCCUUAGGUUCAUUAGCACACCAGAUUUAUCGCAUUUUAGUUGCACAAGGAUAUGGAAAGAAAGAUUUUUCUGUUAUAUAUAAGUUUCUAAGUGAAGCGAAAUAAAUCUGCAGUUGUGUAAUAUGUCACUCAUAGUUUCCUAUGCAAAUGGCUGUAUAAAUGUAUUACAUUAAGAAAUGUCAAAAUUGACUUUGUAUUGAAGAUGGAGGUAUGUGUUUUAUGUUAGCACAGUUAUCAGCACAGUUUUUAGUAGCAAAGUGAUUUUGUAUACACCAGGAAUACUUCCAUAAUUAUUAUUUGAGACCAUGUGUUUUACAAUUUCUAUCCUGCAAUUAUGUCUGCAAUUGGUCCCUUUCUCCUAUGCAGAUGUUAAGAAUAAGAAUAAGAAUCUUUAUUAGCCGUUCAGUAUUUUCUUAUACAAUGGGCUUCGUCAAUAAGUUCAAUUACAGUAUAAAGAUGGUUAUAUUCUCAUAACAGUGUAUAUAUAAAUCAUGUGAAAUUUAGUGUAGUACAAUAGCACACAUUUGGAAUUUUAUACAUUAUUAAUUUUACAAUAAAAAGGAAAACAUUAUACAGAUUUAUAUUAAGCAGGGAGUAUUCAUGUUGAUGACACUAUGUCAUUAUCAUAUACAUGUUGAUAACACUAUGUCAUUAUCCUAAGCUAUUGAUACAAAUUUAGGUCCUACUACAGGAAGAGGUACCUUUCUCUAUGUUAAAACAGCAAAUCUGCCAUAUUACAAUCUUUAAAUUCAUCAACUGAGUAAAAUGCUUUACCUUUGAGCCACUGACCCAAUGUUGUCUUAAAUUUACUUUUAGAUACUGUUUGUACAAUUUUAGGGAGCAUAUUAAACAGUUCAAAGCCUACAUAUUUAUAACUAUUAUGUAUCUUAGACAGUCUAGAGUAUGGCAGAUCAAUUGUGUGGUUUCGUCUUGUAUUGUGGGUGUGGACAGAUGACCUAAGGGGAUAUUGAGCUAUGUUUUCUUUUACGUGUAGUAAGCAAUAAUAGAUGUACAAACAAGGAACUGUCAUGAUGUUAAGUUUUUUGAAAUGUUCCCUGCAUGUAUCCCUAGGAGAUAAACCCACUACACAUCGAAGAGCUUUUUUUUGCCAUCUGAAAAUUGAUAUUGAACUGGGAGAAUUUCCCCAGAGCAGAAUACCAUAAGAAAGAUGGGGGUGGAUAUAAGCAAAAUAUGAAUGCAGCAGUAAGUUUUGGCUGACAUUACUCCUAAGCUUAUAAAGUAGGAACAUAGCACGUGCAAGUUUAGAGCAUACGUAUGUGAUAUGUUUAUCCCAGCUAAGUUUCUGGUCAAUCAUCAUUCCUAGCAGUUUAACGGACUUAUUUUCUUUGUUUGA